CUUUAUUAAGGAAAGGAAGGAAAUUGGAUCUGGAGAUUUCUGUAGACUGUUCUAUGGGUUAGAUAUUCGGAACGGAACUGCUAACACUUGAAGGAUUGAUUCGAUUCAUCAUGCCUAGACCAGAGGAGAUCAAGAUCCAAGCAAAAAAUAUCGAUGCUGCAGCAGGAGAGAUAAUUGGCAUUAUGGAGGAUACAAGCAAAGGAAAUGUGAUCUUGGUCGAAGGUUGGCAUGGGUUUGGGGCAUCAGCAGCACUCAAGGCAGUAGCGCAACGUCUGAAAUCAUCGAAAUCAAAGUUUGACAGGGUUAUUCAUGUGGAUUGUUCGUUGUGGAAAAGCAUGAGGGCCCUGCAAAAGGCAAUCGCGGAGGAGCUGGAGCUUCCGCUGUCGGUGAUGGCCAUCUUUGAUUGGUGGGACGAGGAGGAUGAUUUUAAUUUGAUAGACGAAGGCUCUCGAGGGGUGAUAGCAGAUAUCAGCACAGAAAUCUUCAGAAAGCUUGCUAACAGCAGAUUUGUAGUGAUAUUUCACAAUGGGAGUGACAAAUACAUUGAUCUGUACGAGUGUGGUGUCCCAGUAAUACCAAUUUUGAAUAAUAGGGUGCUGUGGACCUGGCACGGGAGGUUUCGACCUAGUUUUGGCAGCACCAGAAUCUGGAGAGGAGGUAAGGGAAUGGGAUACAUGGAGCUGAAUACGGAUGUUGUUGUCAACUAUUCUCAUGAUGAUUGCAUCCGUGAUGAAGCAUUACUGGAAGAGGCCAAGGAGGUUGUCACUUAUUUGCGUAUUCCAGAGCCUUACAUGAACCAUAUGAUUUUUGAGAAGUGCUUCCAGUACGCCUAUGCACUGGGAUCUCUCAGGCUCCCCGACCAGGGGAACUUGGGGUACUGGGAGUCGAACUGGCGGAGGCAUGCUUCAAACUACUUGGUAUGCGAUGGGAUUAUACAAGGGCAAGGUGAUACAUCAGCAUGGGGAGUUGCCGAUGCUCUAAAGAGAAACGUGCAUUUGGAUUGGCUUCUGGACUCGAGAGAGUCGGCUUGUGAUGACAUUCGUCGUCACCUGCAGCUGCAGGGCAGACUUCAUGACCGCUGGGUUUUGGUGGCACACAAGGGAGAUAAGGGCCUGCUACCUGAUGAUAUUGGCAUGGUAUGGUGUUAUGAGGGUAUUGCUUACAUGUUGAAUGUCGAGUAUGAGGACCCGGACUUGUUUCAGGAUUUUGAGGAGCUGCUACCUAUGGAUACCUCUGAGGGGGGAGGUGCUUCUGGGAACCGUGGAGAUGACGCACCCGGUGAUGGUGACAGGGGUUCCAGGCCUGUGGAUUCGUCUAAGCCAGCAGAGUCUGCUCAGGGGAAAACACCGGUUUCGGCACCGUCCAACAUGCUUCAGCUUGGCUCCGUAGGGGCUUUCUCUGCGCCUCCUCGUCUUUGGAGUGAUCGUGUGGAGUUGGAUGAUCCGUCUGAGCAUGUGCCACCGGUGAUUUCGGAGGUCUUGAGGGCUGAGGAAACGGACAGACUUUCUGCACAGGAGGUUGUUUCUCCUCCUUCAUCGCCGGUACCGCGGCUGGACAUGACGACUCUUUUGGACGACUCGGCGGAGCUGGCCGGGAGUACGGUCAGGUCCUUCUCUGCUUUGCCGGUGCUCGGAUCGUCGGGACUCAGGGCCAGCGCAGUAGUAACGACCACUCCGGAGGCUCGGCGGGCCUCGGAUGGGUCUAGCGGGCAGGAGGCCCGCGCACCGCGCUCUCCUUCCUUGCCGGCAUCAGAGGUGGCUACUGAUCUUCUGGGAGGGUCGGCUGUUGGUCAAAGACCGGUGUCUUCACAGGCCAGUCCGGCCUCCCUGGCUAGGGAGGCCUCCUCACCUCUUCACGCCGCCGUUAGUGCGCCAGGGCAGGGGGUAGUCGGCUCACCGGCCCCCACUGUGUUAGGUGGGCUGGGUGGAGCCACUGCAGCUACUGCCUCCUCCUCGGUGCGCGGCGUGUGGGCUGCCCCAGAGCCAGCUGCUGGUGGGUCGCCUGUUGACGGGCUGCAGGUGGCGGCGCCGACUUCUUCUCCUGCGCUGGUGUCGGCGACCCGGGGCGUCGCUGUGGGGGGAGGGGCAGGAGGUCUCUCCCCUUGCAGGGCUUCCUGCGAGGAGGUCAUCGCCUUUGGUGGUAUCCCGGACCCUGUCACCCAGGGAAGGCGGAUCAGCGGGAGGUUGCAGGAGCAGCCGGACGUCGAUGACAUUCAACUGCGGUGUGCUUUGAGGGCUGCCAAGUUGCAGGACGUCGAGACCACCACCGGUUUGUCUGUUAUUAAGUCAAAUUCCAUUUUGCAUUUCACUGAUAAUGAAAUCAUCCAUAAUGCAAAUCAACUAGGAAUUUCACUUGGUAAUAAUGAUCUUCAAAUUGCUAAAUCAGUUAACGACAUUCUUGAUUUGGAAGCUGAGCGUGCGGUAGAUAUGAUUCGUCACAUAGCUGCAGUUAAACCAAUGAAUGAUUCGGAGAUUGAUGCGCUUGGGGUUAGGGUUCUCGAUGGUUAUCUUCAGGACCACGGCGUUCAUCCAUUCAGUUUUGAAUCGCCUCCCUUCCUGUGUUGCAGCCAGCUAAGAUUCCUCCUGCUAGAUACAUGCAGUAGUAUCGCAUGUGAUAAGCAUCCAAUCCACAACGAAGACAUGUCAUGCUUCCAGAAGCUAUGGGUGCUGCACCUGAGUUAUACACGAUGGUAUCGAUUACUAUCAGAAGAGAUGAUGAACUUUAUGGCUGACCUCAGGGAGUUGUAUGUAGAGGGAGAUUGGGGCAUAAAUGAUUUACGUGGCAGGGGACCUUCCCUUGUCAAGGUCCACGUAGAAUCAUGGAACUACUUUAUUAAUCAUGCACCAUUCCCUGACCUGUCCAGCGCAAGCUUCCUCAAGACGAUCAUCCUUGACAAUUGUUUUGAACUGGAACAAGUUGUCCCCGGCGUGCUGCCCCCAUCGCUUGAGUCAUUCACCUUCAAAACUAGAUCUUAUGGCACCAACACAUCUAGCAUUUCCUUCCGGGGUUGUUCUCAGUUGAAGAGUAUACUACUGGUAGGAAAAAUGGAGAGACUCGAGGAGCUGGACCUCUCGGGCACAAUAGUGAAAACCCUUGACCUCAGGGAAGUGAUAGCCCAAAACCUCAAACGUCUCAUCUUGCUGGGCUGCGAGAAGCUCUGUGCAAUAUUAUGGCCAUCAGAAUACAUCAUGACAAAGGUUUUGGAGGUACUGCACAUCAACACCAUACGAUCUACAUCACCUGGCCAAGCUAAUUGGGAAGAAAAACCCAGGGAUCCUAUUGCAGCUAUGGGGUCAUCAUCUAUUCUUGUUGCUACUGCUACAGAUCUGGGCAUCAGUCCACAUGCACCAUUUGAAGUUAAAUGGUACAUCUCUGCAACGGAUACAAGGAUCCUUAGGUCGCUUGAACCGAUUAAAAGAUAUAUUGAGCAGAGUCAUGUAUAUAUGGAAAUGGGUUCAUCUCCUACAAGUGGUGCUACUGCUGGUGACAGUGAAGUUGCUCAAGGAAUCCGGAGUCUGUGUCAGCCUGAUAAUUAUUUAUAUGCAAGGGAUGCCUUCUUUCAAAGGGACCUACAGGCUGGCGCUGAUAAUGAAGGUGCAAUCAGCUGGAUGUGGGCUUGCCCAGCUACUCCUACUCCAAGGGCUCAAGACUGGUAUGUUCACAUACAAGAUAAGCCCGAGGUGAAGAGGGGACUACUACAGCAAAAACAGAGCAACACUGAAGGAAUUAAUGUUGGUGCCGUUUUUCCUGGUUUCAUAGUUAACAAUGCUCGCAUGCUUCACGUGCAUGAUAGCUCAUCCAUCACUUGCAUCACAUGCCCUCAACCACAAGGUUCAUGCUGGAGGUGGCUUGAAUGGUGCCGAGUCGAGAGAUGUCCCAAGCUGCGUACUGUCUUUUAUACUCCCCAACCAAGUAAGGGUGAUAGCUUCUGUUAUGAGUUGGCCACAUUCUGGGCAUCUGAACUCCCAAAGGCAUGCUACAUCUGUGAUUGGAAUGCAAUACGUAUGUUUUCCUUUGCACACAUAGUACUAUUGCACCUGGACCAUUGCCCUAGACUCAUACAUGUGCUUCCCUUGUCUGACUCUCUGGACACUUUGCCUCAUAUGGAUACCCUGGAGAUUGUGUGUUGUGGUGAUCUAAAGGAGGUCUUCGCUCUGGAUCCUAAGAAAAAGCGCCAGAGAAUUAUAGGAUGCCCCAAGCUAAGGCGCAUUCACCUGUACGAGCUCCCCAGCCUGCAGCACAUCUGUGGGAGCAGAAUAUCCGCGCCCAACUUGGAGACCGUCAAGAUCAGGGGUUGCUGGAGCCUUAGGAGCCUACCAGCCGUCAGCGGAAACAGAGAGAAGCUGCCUAGUGUGGACUGCGAGAAGGAUUGGUGGGAUAAUCUGGAAUGGGACGGGGUGGAGGCGAAUCACCACCCUUCGUUCUAUGAUCAUAACCACUCGUCACACUACAAGGCCCAGCAGCAAAGAGGCACAGUG